AUGGACCAGCCUGGACACAACCCAGUCAUGGAGACUAGCCAGUCUCCCGUGCACGGGCUCGGAACCCCUGGGUCUGCUCUGUCUUCUGGGUAUCUCCCUACUUACAGGAUGUCCACAGGAAGUGAGAGCCCAAUAGACGGGAUACCUCUUGACGGUUCCGACGAGGAGAUGGACCACGCUUCAGCUGAUGAAAUGCAGCUUGACACAAUCAGAGGACUCGGAACCCCCAUCGGCGGGUCAGACGGAGUUCCCGUUGACGCAGCUGCCAUCGGCCUACCGGAUCCACAACGAUUUAUCAACCGCCUGGUCAAUGACAUCAAUUUUUAUUCUUCCACAGAGGCACCAUCGCCAACUCAGUACCGCCCUUAUGGUCCCAAGCAUGACGAAAACCAAUUUUUUGAGGGGGAAAUGAAGCCCCAUGGCCCUCGUAUGCGUAAACGCAUGAGCGAGGAAGAACAUGCUGCACUGACUGUUCUGAACGACGAGGAGUUACUGGUGACCUAUUCCUUGAAUUCGGGUCGAUCAAUUCCUCAGACUCGCCGCCGUUUCCAGGCUAAACUUCUCUCCGGAGGAGAUCACGAAUUAGAAGAAGAGCUUUAUGCAGAGCGCUUCGUCGUCCCAGCAUCCAAGUCACAUCAUGUUCCGGGAUUCCAUGUUGAUGCUAAAGGUCCUCUUGCGCCAGAGAGCGCAAUGGGUUUGGGUAAUUCGACUGCAUACCUGGUUCGUGGGACUUGGAGGGAAAUUGUCGACCAUGAUGAGAACGGGUGGUGGGCUCCAGGUCAGAAGAAGAGGUCUGAUCAUAGUGGUGGGAUGAAGAGACAUCUCCAGCACGGAGGUAUAAGUCUUCGGUCGAAUCCGGGCUCUGGUGGUAAUUCGAGAGCUGGAUCAAGGUCUGCUUCUGGGACUCGCUGA